GGUGUAUAAGAGCUUUGGAAAAAUAGUCUCCAUUUGUCCAAAUUGUAAAAGCUCAUACAGAUUUUUGUACCAUGCAUUUCUAUCCCAUUAUUUUUCCUCUCUGAUAUUCAGGUAAAAUCUUGUGCAAAAAAAUGACCCCUUGGGCUCACAAAGAUCAGGAGGAAGCUUCCUAGGUACCAUCCUCCUCAGUCCUACCUUUUUGUCUUGGUUAUUUAAGCAACCUUUUCUCAACUUCUCUCAGUUUCCCUCGAUACAUCUUCCCCAAACAGCCUGAUAACAAACCCUAUUGGAAGCUGUGUUUCAAACCACGCCCAUGGCUUCCAAGAACCUCCAAAAUAUCAUUCUUCUCUACAAGAUCAUUCUCAUUUGUGGGCUGUGUUUGGUUUACUCAAAAGCUGAACUUCCAAGGUUUGAACAUCCCAUCAAACCCGAUGGAUCGCUCAGUAUCUUGGUUGUUGGAGACUGGGGAAGAAGAGGAGCUUAUAACCAAACAGAAGUUGCAGCUCAGGAAGCUGUAUUUCAAACCACAUCCAUGGCUUCCAAGAACCUCCAGAAUAUCAUUCUUCUCUACAAGAUCAUUCUCAUUUGUGGGCUGUGUUUGGUUUACUCAAAGGCUGAACUUCCAAGGUUUGAACAUCCCAUCAAACCUGAUGGAUUGCUCAGUAUCCUGGUUGUUGGAGACUGGGGAAGAAGAGGAGCUUAUAACCAAACAGAAGUUGCAGCUCAGAUGGCAAAAAUUGGAGACCAGAUGGACCCAGAUUUCAUCAUUUCUACGGGAGACAAUUUUUACGAAGACGGAUUGACUGGUAUUGAGGAUCCAGCAUUCGAGGAGUCAUUUAGCAAUAUCUAUUUGGGGCCAAGCCUCCAAAAGCAGUGGUACAGUGUUUUGGGAAACCAUGACUAUAGAGGUGAUGUUUUGGCACAGUUGGAUCCCAUCCUCGGACAAAAAGAUAGCAAAUGGUUAUGUCUUAGAUCUUUUAUCCUCAAUACAGAUGUUGCGGAAUUUUUCUUCAUCGAUACAACGCCAUUCGUAGAUAAAUAUUUCUUCCGCCCAGAAGAUGAUAAAUAUGACUGGAGAGGAGUGCUGCCCAGAGAGGAAUAUCUCUCAAAUCAGUUGAAGGAUUUAGACACAGCCCUAAAGGAAUCAAGUUCAAAUUGGAAGAUAGUUGUUGGUCACCAUACACUGAAAAGUGCUGGAGAUCAUGGAAUCACAGUUGAGCUUGAGGAAAGACUUCUUCCAGUUCUUCAGGAAAACAAUGUUGAUCUUUACGUAAAUGGACACGACCAUUGCUUGGAACACAUCAGUAGCCCUGACAGUCCACUCCAAUUUCUGACGAGUGGUGGAGGAUCAAAGGCAUGGAGGGGAAAUGUUCGGCCAUGGAGCCCUGAGGAGUUGAAGUUGUAUUAUGAUGGACAAGGUUUCAUGACCAUGAAACUCACCAAGUACGAUGUUUAUAUCCAGUUCUAUGAUAUUGUUGGCGACAUUUUGCACCAAUGGAGCCGUUCAAAAGGGCUUUACUCCGUGUAGUUAAAUAGCAUUUUAUUAGAGGUUAAAGCUGUUUUAACAGCUUAGGAAUUAGUUAAAUUUGCUCCAAAAUCAAGAGACUAAACCUAAUAGUAGUACUACAUUGGGGCAAUGUUCGUAGCUUCCUAUAUAUGUAUUAGUAUGGGUAGAAACUGAAUUUUCUUUGACUUGAUCUGUAAUUAAUCUUCUUUUCUAUGUCUGUUAAAAAGCA